AUGGGAAUUAAUCAAGAUGGAAUUACGCGCAAAAAAUGUAAGAAAUUCAAAAGAGAAAAGAUGUAAAUUAGGAAACAAGGAAGAAGCUCUUCAAAAAGAGUUACAAGAAAUUGACUUUAAAAUGUGCAAUGGAGAUUUUUUGACCAGGAUACUCUGGAAAAAUUUGAAGCUGCCAAAGAAGAACUAAAACGCCUUCAUGAAAGAAGAGGUAACCAUGUUCAGGUCAAAGAUGAAAUGGGUCGAACAAGGAGAAAAGCCAACCAAAUAUUUCCAUAAUCUCGAAGAAACAAACUAUGAGAAAAAAUUGGUCAGAGAGGUGAAACUGGAAAAUGAAGAAAGAGUCUCAUACUCAGCACAGGUCAACAAGGAAAAUGUACACCGCUAAAAUGAAUGGCAACAUGGACAACCAUGUAUCUGAGCAAAAAUUUGAUGAGUUUAUCGAAGAUCUUAACAUUUUGCAACUCAACGAUAAAGAACAAAGCUUGUUAGAGGAAGAUUUCACUAUCAACGAAUUAAAAGAAGCACUAACUUCCUUAGCAGAUAAUAAAUCUCCGAACCUUUUUUGA